AUGGCUAAGAAAGCUAAAUCUCGAACGAUCGCCGUCCGGCUUAUCUCCAUGGCAAUGACCGGCUACUACAAGACCUUCACAAGACCAAGAGCGAGCCGUCCGCUCAGCAUGCUGAAAUACGACCCCGUGGUCAAGAAACAAGUGUUAUUUUUGGAGGCGAAACGGCGGAAAUAG